AGUAAAUUACGUGAAAUCGUUUUGAAUGAAACGACUCGUCCGUGUGACCUAUAAGAGAUAAGCCAUAGGGUGUAACGAUAAGAGAUUCCGUUUCGUGUGUAUAGGAUGAUGUGUUUUCCUGCUUGCCCAAGGCGAGCCGGUUGGGUGUUUUACGAUAUAGAGACAAGGACGAAGGUGGUUGAAGUGCCGAUAAAGAGGGAGAGAGAAAAGUCGAGUUAGCGGACGAGGAAGCAUUUACUACUCGUUCGAUCGACUCUAACGAGCCAUUACAUUCCUGAAUUUUUCUCUAAACUCGAUCUUGCACCUCUAUAUUAUCUAGAAUCUAUCUUUCUAGAUCGUUCCGGUCGGACGGCCAACAACGUUCCUUUUUGAUUUUGAGAAGAAAGCUCUCUUUCUCGAAGCGAGCCGUUGGUGAAUCGGGUUACGAGCGUAAUCGACGACGGCUCCUCCUAUCGUCACAGAGUCACGUUUUACUUUCGCGAAGCGAUGACGAGAUACGUCGCUCGUAGGAACGUCGCAAUGGAAUGCAAACGUACGCAAUCCAUACGCGGUUGGUUCGUUGGUCUUGCGCACCGGUCAGUUCGUUGGCCUACUCUCUUAACCGUUCCGAUCGGGGCUUCCUCCAUUGAUACUCUCUCGCUCGCUUCGGUAAUCUUUUCGAAAUUUACUUCCUUUUUAAGAUAUUUCUUUUCCUCGAUCCCCGAUCAUCGAGAUCUUAGCACACCUGUAUAGACGCGACGAAUCGAUAUCGAAAGUAAAUCCGACGGUGAAAUUCCGUCGGUGGUUAACGUAACUCCUCGACUUUCCGUGACGUUUCUCUUCGCCCUUCUCUGUCAUUUAAGUCAUUUCCGUCACGCGCGCGCUCGUGAAUUAGAAACGGCCGCGGUAAGAAUCAUUUGUAUCUUUCGACUCUUCUUUCGUCUUUCGCGGUCGGUGGUUUUCUAAGAAAAAAGAUGCAGAAAACGAGUUUAUUAAGUUAGAAAGUUUGCCGUCGUUUGUUAAACAAAAAAUUCACUACUUUCCUUCGAAAGAUUAAGGUUGGCGAAAUCUUAAUCGCAUUAGGUGUACGAAUAGUCUUUUUAACUGUGUGAAUACUCCUAUAUUGAUAGAAAAAGGAAUUUUACAAUUUCAAGGUCGUACUUCGAAUCCGCUCCAUUAGGUGGAAUUUAUUAAAUCACAUUGUAGGAGGACUUUCACCUUGUCCGUUCGAAGAGGAAAUAUAAAAGAGUAGGCCGCAUAAAACUUUUUCGGCCAUUAAAGCUUAUGAGGUUCGUGACAGUGCCACAGUUUUCUGCUCCAAUAGAGUCACCUUCCGCUGGCUCCUUCCUGGCGUCGGAAAAAAAGCCGUGAGGUAAUUCGAUUUUCAAGUCCGCGCGCGACUUUGCUCGCUUACGUCUAACUACGUGGUCGAGGGAUAGCAAUGUACCUAUUACUAUAUAGGCACGUGGAUUUAUAAUAAAUACUUAUAUCCGAGGAAACUCGAAUCGGCACUCUCCUCUUGCUUUAUGACGAAAUAAUCGAGCCGAGUGGAACGUUCAAGUGGAAUGAAUAUCGCGACUCGGAUAGACGUCCUUUACCGUCAUCGUCGAUCGAUGCCUCGUCGUCGAAAGUCUUGAUAUAAAAUAUUGCGCCGGAUAUCGCGCAAGAGGCGAAACGAAGCGAGACCAGUUUAAACAAAGUUGCCCGAUUAUCGGAUGCCAGGGGAAAUAAUAUCGAAAGCACCGAUCGAGUGAUAUCAACUUCGCGCUCCGUGUCGCUCUAAUGCGACCGCUGCCCAACGAGAAGUUUCCCUUCCAAUUAUCUGCUUCCCUCGGCCAACUGGUAAUACGCCUUUGGUAUUUCCUGUCCGAUCUAUCACGCUUCAUAUAUUUUCCCGCGUGCGUUGCCGCAAAUAACAUUUGCAUCUUUUAUUAUAUCGAUUCGAACGGAGAUUUUCUUGUCGAUGAUUCGUCGCGUCGACACAAUCCGUGCCUCUUCUCUUGGGCUGCGAAUUUCUUGGCAGUGCGUCAAAAAGACAAUGCAUAUUAAAUUUUAAAUUACCGUUAGGCGCAGGCUAAUUACCUUUUCUUCUUCUUCUCCCCCCUUCCCGCUCGUAGACGCAACGCUUAGGCAAUGUUCCACGACGGUUUUACCAUCUUAUUCAAAUUUUGAAUAAUUUCAUCGAUUUAGGAUUUAACUAAAGCUUCCUGAAAGCGAUUUGCGCUCGAAAGGAACGAUAGGAAGUAGAAACGGGAUAGCGGGAUGUGAAGCUUGGUUAAAAAACAAUCGGUUAUUGCUUUAAGAAAAGGUCAGAUUAUUUCAUCUCCGUGGAAUGCGCUCCAACCGCAGAGAACAAUUCUCCUUGGAGCAACGUUGUUGUAGGACUCGCUCGAUGGAUCGGUGAUUCGCGCUUUGAACCCUCGCCUGGCUCGCGUUUCAUUUCCCACGUCCGUCGGUUUCUAACGAUCGGCACUUUCCUUACCACCGAGUGGUAAGCGGGCUCGCUAGGUCCGCAAAAAAAUAGCGAAUCAUGAGGAAACUUUCGCUCCUAUGCAUCUGAAUUCUCCUUUCCUUUCUCAGCCAUGAAUUUACGACGAAUUUGUCUCGCUUUGGUUCGUUCUUUUGCGAGAAUUUCGAAAAAUCAAGGAGAAAUUGUUCAGUAUCCUUUGCUUCUCCUGGAAACGUUUUCGAUAAAUGACGUCGUUUGAAUUCUCAUGGAUAAUUUAAAGUUUUGCGCGCAAACUCGGGACGAAGGAUUCACAAGCGUCAGGAUGUUUGACCUCUCUCUCUCUCUUUCUUUCUCUCCCCCUCCCCCUCCCACCGUUGGACUCGCGCAUUUCUCUCGUGUAAGUCGGUUUAGAAAGGCGGAGAAACCUCUGGAAGCUCUCGGAGUUUGCGCGCAAAGACUUCAUCUCGCUCACCGAGCAUCGCCGUCUACCGCCGGGUAGACGGUAAUGAUGUUUUUGCCCUCUUUGAUAUUCGCUGGAAAAAAAAAAGAAAAAAAGAAAAAAAGAGCAAUACGCGAAUAGGCGUUGAUUCGAGUACUCACGUAUUUCUUCCCUUUUUUCAUGUGCAAAUUUAACAGAAAUUCAAUCUAAUAAUCUCUUUGGCAAGCUCUCUUGUCCGACUUUAUUCUUCUAAACAGUCACGAAGAGAAAUGCACGUACGGAUAUUCUUCUCUUUCUUGGCGUUCAUCAUCGGUGGCCGGUUCGAAGGAAUUCAUAGAUCCUAGCAGCCAGCUGUGUUCAUUGUCAGCUAUACGCGCACAUACGUACGUGUGGAAGAGGUAGCAUAAGAGAAGAAUAAGUAGAGAAAAAGUUUGAAUUCGCCGCGGCUGGCUUCGCGGUUCGCGAGCCGGCAAACGGGAGAUAUGCUCUCCGACUUUGCUCCCGAGUAAACGCAAGGCGACGCGAGCAUGUUAUGGCUUUUAUUCGCCAGAAGAAAACUUAUUAGACGUACGCGGGCUAAUUGCGAGAAGUAAAGGCAUCGCUCGAGCGAGCCCAACCGUGUUCGGCUCUGCAACCUGUUACGCGCGAGAACCCGCCUAACGUUUUCCAUGGGAUGAACAAAUGUAUUUGCAGAUUUAAUCCGAAAUUUCCUCAGAUGAUUUCAGGCAUACACGUUUCUUUCGACGAAUUUGCACGUAGAAAAAAAGCCAACGAUUCUCUCAAGCACUUGAGAAUUGUUAUAAAGCUCUCUGGGCAAACGUCUAGCGAUCUGUUGGGUGAAUAGAUUCUGGAUCAAAGACAUCGUCGACGAGAAUUCGCAUUACAAUGGCAAGCGUGGACAAGGAUAACCGCGUGGCUCACGAAUAUAAAAUCUCGCCGAGGCAGGUUGAAAAGGAGGGAAAGGUGAACGAAGACGGCGUCGUACGGUGUACGAUCGUUGCGAGUCAGCGGACUGUGCCAACCGGAUCAGCGACUACACCGUGUCUAUUGACCUUUCCCGAGGAAGCCAGAAACAUAGGAAGGAGUAAUAUAACAUUGAUAUAAGAAUAAGAUCGGGCCUGGAACGACCUAUAGAAUCGAAUUGCUGCUAAUCGCUAUCAUCGCGUGUAAUAUGUAAACGAGAAGAUAAAAGAUAAUCUUAAAGGUCGAGAUCCGAAGGGAGCCGAAAGAUCGAAUAAGAUUUAGGUGGAACAAAAUGAAGGAGAAGAUGAAUAACGCAACGAUGGCCUUGGAUUCGACCGUCAGGAGUCAGGAUUCGAACGAUUCGAACGAAUCGAAGGACUCUAGCAAUGUAGGCUCGAAGCCAGAAAGUUGUAUGGAGUCGAAGCACUCCAAAGAGAUAUUGAUAUCGGAGAAACAUCAGAAACAACAAGAGAAACAACAUCAGAGGCAAGAACAACGCGACGAGAACGGACCGAGAUUAGGUAAAGCGGAGACCAGGGACGAUUCCAAUCUUUUAAUGUUCACGUCCUGCGGACAAUUAUUGCUCGGUAUCGUCCUAGUCGUCUUCGGUGUCUUGGUAUUGGUCCACGGCGCCUCCUUAGGAGGAUCAGGUGCAGGAUUAUGGGCAGGUACAGGUGCUUUGGUAGCCGGUGCGCUCGGUGUGGUAGCAGCUUUGGCGAGUUCAUCCGGAAGGACGAAUUCUGGAUUUUCGACGGCUCAUUUGGCCUCUAGCUUGGUAGCCCUGGCGCUAUCCAACAUGGCUGCCAUCACGGCCCUGACGGCGGUCGUCAGGGACUCCCAAAGGACUCCGGAAGUGACCCUCUUGACGCUUCCCGGCGAAGAGAACAACGUGCUGGAAAUAGAAGGUGGUUGGGCCGGUCUAUUAGCCAGCAUCGGUCUGCUGAUCGGCAGCGUCGCAGAACUCCUUAUCUCGGGCUACAUAUGUCUGACCUUAACGCCGAAACUCUGUAGCUGUCUGAGAUCGAAUCAAGCGGACGAUAUUGGUUGUGUAGAUGGUCGAUUGAAGACUCGUAAUAUGGUCCAACAGUGGGUUGUCGCACAAAAUCACGUACCCAAGAAUCAACCGAUCUAUGUCGUUCAGCCGAUGAUGCCGGUUCAUCAUCCCUUGAUUCGCUCACCCUACGGGGGGAUACCCGGUGCAGCACCAGGAAAGUAUCCAGGAGGAUUUAUCUCCGCAACGGCUAUUCCUAUACCACCAGCGCCUUAUCGACCAAUCUCUGUAAUAUCGCACGUGCCUUAUGCUCAACGACCGCCAUCGCAAAUGAUUCGGCUAAAGCACAACAAGCGUCAGGGUCAACCGGGACAGGAGGACAACGUCGAUAGAAAACGACCGUCAGAAGGGAAAAGUGAAUUCAAAAGAAUAUCCUCGAUCAGCGAAGAUCAAGUUGACUUGGCUCAGACCUACACUGGUUUGGACAAAAAAAUUUCCGAGGAAUUUAUCUCCAUCGCAAUGGAUCCAGAUAGAAAGUCCAAAGCUUCGAGUCAUCAUGGCAGCGAGGUCGGCGUUGCGAAGAAUACGUGAAACGUUAUACCAAUUCGGCACUACUCGUUUCAAUUUUCUACUCCUUUCUUCGCGCGUCCUUUAGAAAGACAAAUUACCAGCGAUAAGGAUUCCAGCGGAUGCUUUUUAACAUCCGCCCUUCGUUAAGUCUGUCUAGAAUCAACCAAAUAAUCUUAUCCUUUCGAUAUAUAGUCAUCGAGCAUACAGAAGGCGAUUGCAGACUGCAAUCUUUUAGAGACUCUUUUGUUUUUUUUUUUGUUUUUUUAAUUCGAUCGCAGUCGUUCGUAGCUUUCGGCUCCCGGUUGUUAAUAUCAAACGAUCUCGAUAGAUAUUAAUUUUCAAACAACUUGUAUUUCUACGACAAAGAAACGAACGAUGCGCUCCAAUUCGAUUCUGUCGGUUGCUCGACUCGACGAAACUUUAUAUUAGUUUUCUAGUUAUUUGUACAGAUAUUCCUUCUUCUUAAGAUGGGUUUGUAGUUUCCUACGACUCUCUCGUGUGUAUAUAUAUAUAUAUAUAUAUAUAUAUAUAUAUAUAUAUAUAUACGUUCAUAGCAAUAGUAAUAAUAAUAAUAAUAAUAACAAUAAUAAUAAUAAUAAUGAUAAUAAUAAUCGAAUAAAAUAUAUUGAUAAAAUAUAUUAUUACUCGCGCAUACGCAGGAAGCAUGCGCGGACUUUUAUAUUUAUACGUCAACAUAUGUCAACAUGUAGAAAGUUGUUAGUAAAUGUAAUAAAAAAUAUAAAAAGUUUUUAAGAGGGA